CAGCAUUAUCAUCAACAUCAAGAGGAGCUGGAACAAAUAUUCUUCUUGAGUCUACUACGAAUUUUCGGGUAUAAGAAUGUGAGUGUGUGAUAAAGAAAAGGGAAAUUAAUUAAGCUCCGCACACACACACAACGAAAGAAUUAUACUCCAGACAGGCACAUAUACAGAACGAGUCAUAUUCAUAGGCAUAAAAAAGGGAAACCCAGUUUCUUCACCAGGCACAACCAGCAACAUCUCGGGCAUCCUUUUUUCCCAGCUCUUUAAUCUAACAUCAUCAAAAAACCGAGAUCCAAACGAAAACAUGUUCUCCCCCAACUUUACGACGGUCAUCAACUUGAUUAUGUUUCCAGCUGGAACAGUAAACGCCUCCAGUUAAGUUCCCGAAACCGUUACCGCCUUGCAACUGUAGACAUUUUUGCCAAGCAAAUAACCCACAUAGGCAGCCAAUCCACCAUUCCGCUUCAGUGGAAACCCGACAAACGACAUUCAUCUUCAUCAUCAACAUGUACGGCCUUCUGCUCGAAAAUCUCUCGGAAUAUAUUAAAUCAGUGUAUGGCGAAGAAAAAUGGGAGGAUAUACGACGACAGGCUGGGGUGGAUUCGCCAUCGUUUAGCGUUCAUCAGGUUUAUCCUGAGAAUUUAUUAAACAAAUUGGCCAAGAAGGCACAAACGGUCCUUGGCGUCUCCGAACGUGAAUUCAUGGAUCAAAUGGGCGUCUAUUUCGUCGGCUUCGUCGGGCAAUAUGGCUAUGAUCGUGUGCUCUCUGUGCUCGGCCGUCAUAUGCGUGAUUUUCUCAAUGGCCUUGAUAAUUUACAUGAAUAUUUGAAAUUCUCCUAUCCACGAAUGCGAGCACCCUCUUUCAUUUGUGAAAAUGAAACGAAACAAGGUCUCACCCUGCACUAUCGUUCGAAACGACGUGGUUUCGUCUACUACACCAUGGGUCAGAUACGUGAAGUUGCCCGUUAUUUCUAUCACAAAGAGAUGCAUAUUGAGUUGGUGCGUGAGGAGAUACUUUUCGAUACCGUACAUGUCACCUUCCAGCUGACAUUUGAUAAUCGAGCUUUUACCCUGGCCUCGCUGGCCAUGACACGCGAGGAGAAACAUUUGCCAAUUAGUGCCCAUGUGCUAUUUGAGAUAUUUCCAUUUUGUAUUGUUUUCGGUGCCGACAUGGUUGUACGCAGCAUUGGAAAUUCCUUGAUGGUCAUAUUGCCAGAUUUGCUGGGCAAAAAAAUCACAGCAUGGUUCGAUUUAGUACGUCCAUUGAUUGCCUUUAAAUUUCAAACGAUUUUAAAUCGCACAAAUAAUAUCUUCGAAUUGGUAACAGUUGAGCCAGUAACCGACCGUCCCGAAAAUCAAAAAUCCAAUGAAAUGCUAUUGCAUGAAGAUGGCUCCGAGCCGGAGAAAUCGUUGCGGCUGAAGGGCCAAAUGGUUUACAUGGACAAUUGGCGCAUGAUUAUGUUUCUGGGUACGCCGGUAAUGCCUGAUUUAAAUGCCCUGAUAACAACGGGCCUCUAUAUCAAUGAUUUGUCCAUGCAUGAUUUCAGCAGAGAUCUCAUGUUGGCAGGUACCCAACAAUCGGUUGAAUUGAAAUUGGCCUUGGAUCAGGAACAACAGAAAUCAAAGAAGUUGGAAGAAUCAAUGCGUAAGCUCGAUGAAGAAAUGCGUCGCACGGACGAGUUGCUGUAUCAGAUGAUACCGAAACAGGUGGCAGAUCGGCUAAGGCGUGGCGAGAACCCCAUCGAUACGUGUGAGAUGUUCGAUUGUGUCUCGAUUCUGUUUUCGGAUGUUGUAACCUUUACGGAAAUCUGCAGUCGCAUUACACCCAUGGAAGUGGUGUCCAUGUUAAAUGCCAUGUAUUCGAUAUUUGAUACCCUGACCGAACGUAAUACCGUCUAUAAAGUUGAAACCAUUGGUGAUGCCUAUAUGGUGGUGGCCGGUGCACCGGAAAAAGAUCCAAAUCAUGCUGAGAAGGUAUGUGAUAUGGCCUUAGAUAUGGUUGAUGCCAUUAAAGACUUGAAAGAUCCCUCGACGGGUCAACAUUUGCGAAUACGUGUGGGGGUGCAUUCAGGCGCCGUCGUCGCUGGAAUUGUGGGUUUAAAAAUGCCGCGAUAUUGUCUCUUUGGAGAUUCGGUAAAUACCGCCUCACGCAUGGAAUCAACAAGUGCCGCCAUGAAGGUACAUAUCUCCGAAUCCACCAAGGAAUUUCUGGGACCCAAUUAUCGGGUAACGGAGCGAGGUGAAAUCGAUGUCAAGGGUAAGGGUACCAUGAAAACCUAUUGGUUGGAUGAGCGGGAAAAUCGUAAACCAUUGCAGUUGUCACCGGCCCAACUGCUGCCUGUAUCGACAUUUGUACCACCACCCACAACGCCGGCUGUUAUUAUGGCCAAGGCUCCCGCAAGGGCCAUAAUGCCGGCGCCCACAGUAUUACCUAAGGAAAGAGAACGGACCAUGGUAACCGGGCCCACAGUGGCCGCAACCAGCUCAACAACUUCCACUGUGGCAAAGGUGGCAAAUAGUUCCGAUGCAGAACAGAAUCCUGGUGCUAGCACAGAGGAACGCAGCCGCAUCUAUUCCCCGGUGACAUUUAAGGAUGUGGCCCGACGCAGCAUUGCCAAUUCUCCGGUACGCAGCCUAUAUGGCAGUGCCUCGGCGGGUUUGGGCGAAAAGGGUCGAGAAUCACGUUCGAAUUCAACGGGUCAUGUAUUUAUGCGUUCACCCAGCGAUGUAUUUGGUAGUUUGAUUUUGGACACCGAAGAAUUCCUUGAAGAUCUACAAAUGUCGCGAAGUUCCUUGGCUAACAAUUCCCAAUGUCCUUGUAGUCCCAUACCACCAUUCCGUAUUGGUAGUGCUCCGCCCAAGCCUCGACCCACCAAUCCAGAUCAAUUUACCCCCGAAGAGUUGGCAGCCAUGGAACAGAUGACACCACCCUCAACGGCACCGGCUCGUGAGACAGCCACCUAUCACAUGAAGUCAUCGGCAUCAACAACAAGUUUGAGUAUGGAAAAGCCGACGGCGAAGGCAAGGUUAACCAAUCAAGCAGCUGCAGCCAUGCCACCGCGUGUCAAAGAAGUAAAGCCUGCCAAUAAAGCCCCCGUGUGUAAUACCGCCCCCACGGCAGCGUCGGGCGCCACACCCAAAAAUACCGCCUUCACAAAUAGUCGCACCACCUCGAAAGAGUCAAUUUCAAUGAGUUCACCACCACCAAUGCGCUCCAUGUCCGCACCGCUGCCAAUGUCAAAGGCGGCACGCAAGGCAUUCCUGGCAGCCAAACAGACCAAGGCCAUUGAGAAAUUGGACAAAAUGAUUGAAGAGGUACAGGAAAAUGAUGCCCAGCUAAAGGCAUCGCAGAGUGCAAGGCUAAAUGAAGUCUUUGGAGAUCGCAUUGCACCGCAGGGCGGUAAUGCUUCUGUCAUGGAUAUGGGUGGGGGUUGUCCAUUGUUUUUGCCACCCCCACCCAGGCAUAUGGGCAAUUCAAUUUCCGACUCCAACAUUUGUAGUCAUGGUCACAGUCAUGGCCAUGCCCCCACCAUACAUCAUGCACCGUGUCAUCAUGUCCACGAGCCUUCCUCCAGCAAAUUGUCAACCAGUCAUAGUUUUAGUCAUGCUCGCCACUCGGCCGCCAUCCAUCCCUGCUGUACGGGAGCAGCGUAUGCUGGUCAUUCCGGAAAUGGUCGUCAUUCACAUCGCAUGCACUCGAAUGCCUGUCACAUACUGUAGAUCAAUAAAAUGCAGUGGCAUGACCACCCACCCAGCUCUUUUUGGAGAAACUU